GUUGAGGUGGGGGCUGCUGUGGGAGAUAUCACCCCCCCCUCCCUCCCUCCCCCCUUCUAAAAGCCUGUAUAAAGGAGGUGGGGGGAAAGGCACCUUUGUCACUUUGCUCUCAGACACAGAGACAAUCACACUCUCACUGGACACACAAACACUUUGGACACACACAUUCCUCAGAGACAUACUGAUUAUCCUGAGAAAAGGGGUACUUCAGUGUGCUGGAUUCUCCCGUGGUGGGGCUUCUGCAUUGAAACAGAGGGAGAAGAAAGAGAGAAAGAUUGAUCACACUGAGCAUCAUCGGUCCAGCUCAUAGCCGGAAGGACUUUCCAUCAUUUGGGAAAACUAUCGUUCAAUAAGCUCCUCUGAAGCUAACUGCUGCCCAGCCAUGAGGAUCUUCAACCUGCUCUACCUGCUCCUGCUGCUCGUAGCUGUUGUAGCACCAAUCUCCUCCGCCAGACCAGAUUUCCUGAACCUGAGGAGAAAAUAUCACAGACAUCACUGCCCACACAGACGCUGCCUGCCUCUGCAUUCCAGGGUACCCUUCCCCUAAGGUUAAAGCACAAGACUGAGGUCGACCAUAAGGACCACAGAUGGGGAAAGCAACACUGGGACACUGUGAAAAUGCCAUCCAAAGACUGUGGUGUACAUGUAGCUGCAGAAGAGCUAAAAGAAACUGUUCAAAAAUGGAGCUCAAUCUAAGCUUGUGCAUGAUUGACUCUUCAUUUACAUUUACAUACAAACUGUGAAAUGUUUCGGCAUCCUGGUGGCCGCACAUCUGGGUUUGCCCAGUUGCAAACACCUUCUCUCUUCAUCCUCCAAAGCCAGCAGUCGUGUAAUGAACCAAGAACAAGGGAGAAGGAGCAUCAAUGUUCAACACAAUCGACCCGACAGCUACGGACCAAAGAGCUGGAAGCAUCUUAGCGACUGUGGCGACGAUGAACAGCAUCCACAUAGCAUUCCUACAAAGUGUUUAUAAUGCAUGUAUGCACUUCAAAUGUUUAUUGACUUACGUUUAAAACUUUUAAUAAAAAUGUAUCAAUGUAGUGUUUUUACUUAAUGAGUUUGUGUCUGUGUUAAAAUAACAACAAACUACAGGGUCCAAAUAAAUGUGGAAACACUGAGGAUAAUUUCUGGUUAUUAUAAAUUUUGGGGUUUUAAGCCACAUUUAUUGAAAUUUUAGAUGUGUGUGACCCAAAG